UCAGUGGCCAGGAGGCCGAAGCGUCGGGUCUGAGGCUUAGGGGCUGCUGCGGCCGGGAGUGCCCCUGCCCCCUGCCGACUCCCUUUGGUGUCAUGUGAUUCUCUGCAGGAGCUGCUGCAUGAGUGGAAAUGCUCUCAGUGGUGGAGAAUGGACUGGACCCCCGGGCUGCCAUCCCGGUCAUCAAGAGGAAGCUAGUGGGGUCCGUGAAGGCGUUGCAGAAGCAGUACGUGUCCUCAGACACAGUGGUCACUAGCGAAGACGGAGAUGCCAACACCAUGUGCAGCGCGCUGGAGGCUGUAUUCAUCCACGGCCUCCACGCCAAGCACAUCCGAGCUGAGGCGGGAGGGAAGAGGAAGAAGAGUGCCCACCAGAAGCCUCUGCCGCAGCCUGUCUUCUGGCCCCUCCUGAAAGCUGUCACCCACAAACACAUCAUCUCGGAACUGGAGCACCUGCUCUUUGUCAGCACGGAUGUGGGCCGCUGCCGGGCCUGGCUGCGGCUGGCCCUCAACGACGGCCUGAUGGAGUGCUACCUGAAGCUGCUCCUCCAAGAGCAGGCCCGACUCCGCGAGUACUAUCAGCCCACAGCUCUGCUUCGAGACGCCGAGGAGGGCGAGUUCCUCCUCAGCUUCCUGCAGGGACUCACAUCCUUAUCCUUCGAACUCUCCUACAAGUCCGCCAUCCUAAAUGAGUGGACGCUCACCCCACUGGCCCUCUCUGGGCUGUGCCCACUCUCUGAGCUCGACCCUCUCACUACCUCUGGCACAGAACUACAGCGGAAGGAGUCUCUGGAUUCAAUUUCCCAUUCCUCAGGCUCGGAGGACAUCGAAGUCCAGCACUCGGGCCAUAAGAUCCGCCGGAACGGGAAGCUCACUGCCUCCUCCCUCAGCCUGGACACGGCCAGUUUGUCCCAGCUCUCUUGCAGCCUGAACUCGGAUAGCUGUCUGCUCCAAGAGAAUGGCUCCAAGAGUCCAGACCAUUCUGAAGAGCCCAUGUCCUUCGACUCAGACCCAGGAACAGCAAAUGUGGAUGAUUCAGACCCAUCUCUGCAAGAGGUGUUGUCGGAAUUCAGCAAAGCCCAGGUCAACUCUGUGCCAACCAACGGACUGAGCCGGGACACGGAGAUUCCCACGCUGCAGGCCUCGCUUUCCCUCCGCUGCCUCGACACCAGCCCUCACCUGCACUUUGAUGUGCCUGCAGAGCCCCUCCCUGCCCAGGCAUCCUCGGGGACUCGAGGUGGUGGCCACAAGCAGGAGCUGCUUUCCCAGGCACCUGGCACCCUGGGCUUGCAGCAGCUGGGCACUGCCCAUGUUGUCCCUUCGGGGAGCACUUCAGGCCAGCAGCCUUCUAGUCCUGUGAGAGAGACGACCAGAGCAGCUGGCCGAGUGAGUGGCCAGCAGAAGCCCCCGGGGGAUGACGGAGCUGGACUGAGCCUUGUGGUUUCCUCACCCACCAGUCCGAGCUGGAUCUCAGAAGAUGACUUCUACCGGCCUUCCCCGGAACGAGCCGCCGAGACUCCUUCAGAUCGCUCCGCAGCCUCUGCCGCAGGGUCUCCGGAGUCAAGGCCUGGUCUCCUCAGGCAUUUUUCUCAAGGACCAAGAAAAACCUGCUCCAUGGGGGCCUUAGACGAAGCUUGUGUGCCUUCCCCAGGAAGCAGGAGAAACCAGGCGGCCGCGGCGCAGGAGCACAAGAACUUCAGGGUGGUGCACCGCCGCCAGAUGGGGCUGUCCAACCCGUUCCGGGGUCUCAUGAAGCUGGGCACCGUGGAGCGGCGGGGGGCCAUGGGCAUCUGGAAGGAACUCUUCUGCGAGCUCUCCCCACUGGAGUUCCGCCUCUACCUGAGCGACGAGGAGCGCACCUGUGUGGAGAACUGCUCCCUGCUGCGCUGUGAGUCUGUGGGGCCGGCCCACAGCGAUGGCCGCUUCGAGCUGGUCUUCUCCGGCAAGAAGCUGACCCUGCGUGCCUCCUCCCAGGAUGAAGCCGAGGACUGGCUGGAGCGGGUGCGGGAGGCCCUGCAGAAGUGCCGGCCCCAGCAGGAGGACGAGUGGGUGAACAUCCAGUACCCAGAGCAGCCUGAGGACCCCCCAGAGGCCCCCGAGGGUGGCCUCCCCUCCCACUCGGACCUGCUCACGGAGCCUGAAACCCUCCAGGGCUCGCAGCUCGAUUGGUCCUCUGCCCAUGUUCCUGAGCCAGACGCUAUUAAAGAAUCCCUUCUGUACCUGUACACAGACAGGACCUGGGUGCCCUAUAUUUUUUCCCUGUCCUUGGAGUCUCUGAAAUGCUUCCGCCUGAGAAACAACGAGAAGAUGUUAACUGACAGCCACGGAAUUGAGACCAUCCGAGAUAUCCUGCCAGACACGAGCCUCGGGGGCCCAUCCUUCUUCAAAAUCAUCACGGCCAAGGCUGUCCUGAAGCUGCAGGCCGGGAAUGCCGAGGACGCCGCCCUGUGGAGGGAUCUGGUGCGCAAGGUCCUGGCGUCCUACCUGGAGACGGCCGAGGAGGCAGUGACACUAGGUGGCAGUCUGGAUGAAAACUGUCAGGAGGUGUUGAAGUUCGCCACGAGGGAGAACGGUUUCCUGCUGCAGUACCUGGUGGCCAUCCCCACUGAGAAAGGCCUCGACUCCCAGGGCUGCUUCUGUGCAGGCUGCUCCCGGCAGAUUGGCUUCUCGUUUGUACGACCCAAGCUCUGUGCCUUCUCUGGCCUCUAUUACUGUGACAUCUGCCACCAAGACGAUGCCUCAGUGAUUCCGGCCAGGAUCAUCCACAACUGGGACCUCACCAAGCGCCCGGUCUGCCGGCAGGCCCUGAAGUUCCUGGCACAGAUCCGGGCCCAGCCCCUCAUCAACCUGCAGCUGGUGAACGCCUCUCUGUAUGAGCACGUGGAGCGGAUGCGCCUCAUUGAGAGGAGCCGGGAGCAGCUGAAGCUUCUGGGAGAUUACCUGGGCCUGUGCCGAAGCGGAGCCCUGAAGGAGCUAAGCAAGAGGCUCAACCACAGGAAUUAUCUCCUGGAGUCUCCCCACAAGUACAGUGUCGCUGACCUCCAGCAGAUUGCGGAGGGGGUGUAUGAAGGAUUCCUCAAGGCCCUAAUCGAAUUCGCCUCCCAGCACGUCUACCACUGUGACUUGUGCACCCAGCGCGGCUUCAUCUGCCAGAUCUGCCACCACCAUGACAUUAUCUUCCCCUUUGAGUUUGACACCACAGUCAGGUGUGACGAAUGCAAGACCGUCUUCCACCAGAGCUGCCAGGCCGUGGUGAAAAAGGGCUGCCCGCGCUGUGCCCGCCGGCGCAAGUACCAAGAACAGAACCCUGUCACCUAACUCGAUCUCCUGUCCCCACUCGGAGGCUGCGGGGCGAGGUUCAGCUCAGCCAUCCCGGCUGGGUUGUCCUCAGCCCAGGCUACUCUCUCAAGGUAUCGCAGCGGUCUCCCUUGUCUAGUCAGAUGUGACCAGAGCACGAGCCUACAAGAGGAGGCCCAGGAAGUCCUUGAUGAUGUCCCCCAGUGCCCUCCACACCCAUCUGUCCCAGGGGGAACGGGGGGAGGGAGGCUUUGCACUAAUCAAGCCCCAGCUCACCUCACUGACCCAGCCCCUGCGUUAGGGCUGCUCAAACACUGUGGAAACAAGACUCGGGGCGCAUUUUCAAUCCCACAUUCCUGAUUAAAAGGUCUAGUUUUUUAAGGUGAGUUUUUUCCCUACAUAUUACAACAGAAAAUAUUUUUUUAUUCUUGGCCCUACACAAGUCACCCGGGAAGUCCAAGCGUUCUCACCCUGAGCAGACAUGCAGG